AUGUUAAUCGAUGAACAAAAUGUCGAUAAAAACAUUACAACAAUUCGAACACUUCAUCAAACGACUAUUGAUCAACGACCUUAUGAUUUAACUGAAUAUCUUAUUGAAUUUUUUCAAUUUAUUAAUAAACAAAAACAACAUACAAGUUUAUCAAAUAUAUUUAAUUUAUUAACCAAUCUUUUACGUGAUUAUAUUGAUCGUGCUGCAUUAAAAAUUGAAUUUCUUAAAGCAAAAUGUUUAGAAAUAAUAUAUGAAAUAUUAAUUGAUGAAGUAAAUGAUGAAACUAAUAUUAUGUCAAUUCUUCAAUUUAUUUCUGAGCUUCUUGUUAAUUCAGAAAAUGUUCAAGAAAAAUUUCUUAAUUUUAACGGCUAUGAAAAAAUAUUUCAUUUUCUUUAUCAUAUACAUUCACCAACAAUUGAUUUUAUAAACCAAUUACUUAUACUUAUGACAGAAAAACCUACAUUACAAGUUGAUAAUUCAUUAACAGCUGUUGAUGUAUUUGUUCAUUUAAUUAAUCCACAUAUAACUGUUAUAUUAAUACAUUGGAUACCAUAUUUAAUAAAUACAUUUCAUCAACAUCAUAUUAUACAUUCAAUAAAUAUAAUUGUAUCACGUUCAUUACAAAAUAAAAUGAUGGCUUGCUCAAAUGAUAUUAUUUAUUCUUUAAUUGAUAUACUUUUUUUAAAUAAAUCUACGGAUAAAGUUUUACUUGAUAAUAUUUUUUCAACAUUAGAAAAAUUAGCACGUUUUUCAAUAAGUACGGAAGAAAUUCGUCAUAUUUGUCAACUGUUCAAUGAAAAUACGUUAUUUAAAAAACAAUUAUUACGUAUUUUAAUUACAGCAGCUAAGCAUGAUGAUCCUGAUACACAAACAGUAUCAUCAUAUUUUGAUUUACAUAGAUCAAACAGUGGAAUUAUUUUACCAAUUAUACGUCGUUGGCCCUCCGUAUCAUCUUCGUCUUUACAUUUUUCAUUUCAUUGUUGGUUACGAUUUAAUCAUGAAAUGGAUAGUUUUCCACAUAAUGCUCGUCGUCAAAUUUAUUCAUUUUAUUCAGAUUCUAUUGGUCUUGAAUCUUUUAUGCAUAAUUCAUCAAUAUAUAUAUUAAUUAAUGAUCGUCGUGAACUUGCUUAUACUGAAAUCAAUGAAUUUGAUGAAUUAUUGGAUGGUUGUUGGCAUUCAUUAACAAUUAUUCAUACAGCACAACGACCAUCAUUACUUGCUGCUGCAUUUCAAGCUGUAUCAACAUGUCAUUUAACAGUUUAUUUUGAUGGUUUAUUAAAAAAACAAAUAAAAGAUUUUAAAUAUGUAUCUUUAAUUAAUGAUCCAAUAAGUUUAGCUUCAGUUGGUGCACCUAGUCAACGACCACGUAUAUCAACAAUGAAUACAAAAAACGAUUCAUUACCUUUAUCAAGAACAUUUGCUAAAACAAUACAACCAAUUAAAGGUUUAUUUUCAUCGAAAGCUAAAACUCCUAAUCUAUCUGCUGGAAAUCCAUUACUUCAUGGACAAAAUAUUAUGAUAAUUGAACCUAAUAGUCAAGAUGCUAUUUUUGGAGAAUCGACUAGUUUACAUGGACAAUUAGCUUGUAUUUGGAUUCUAGCAGAAACAUUGAAUGAAGCACAAGUUAAAUAUUUACAUUCAAUGGGCGCUGAUUUUUGUCAUCAACAGCAUCCAAUAUCAAGUAGUGAUACUUCAAUGUCUUCAAUCAUAUUCGAUUUAAUUGCAACUCGUUCUCUUCUUGUUUAUCAUCCAUUAGCAUGUAAUGGUCAAAUUUGUGUUGAUAUAUCAGCUUGUACAUCUCAAAUGAAUGGUCGACUUAAUAAUGGUUCAUGUUUACGUCUUCGUUCAUUUUCUGAAUCAUUAUUAAAUUUAGGUGGUUGUCCUAUACUUUAUCCAUUAUUUGAAAAAUUUCAAGAAACGGACUGUUUUGAAGGUAUACCUUCAGAUAAUAUAUCAACACCAUCAUCAUUAACACCAAAUAAUGGUCAAUCAUCAACUGAUUGGAUUAUUGUUCGUAAACAAUCACAAAAAAAUUUAUCUGAUAUUGAUAAUCGUUUAAUUUCAAAUCCUAUGGCAUCAAUUAUAAAUCUACUUCGUUGUGUUUUAUCAUCAACGUCAACAAUAAUUUUAACUGAACAAAUAACAAAACAUUAUAAUGUUGAAUUAUUAGGCCAACAUUUAAAUCGUAUAUCAUCAUUUUUUAUUGAUCAACAAUUACUUAUUGCUAUUCAACAAUUAAUUGACUGUAGUCGAUUAAAUGAAUCAUCUAACUUAUUAACAAAUCAAUUAAUUCAAUAUAUUUUACUUGAUUUUGGUUUAUGGAAUAAAGCUAAAUAUGAUGUACGAACAGCACAUUUACAAUAUAUUGCAGCUAUUAUAAAAGAUGAAAAAAAAUAUUAUCGAUCAAAAUUUGGUGUACAAUAUUUUUUAGAUAUUAUUCGACAACAUUUUCAUACGUCAGAAGAAGAUACGGAUGAACAAAAACAAUUACGUAGUGCUGUUUAUGGUAUUAUCAAAUAUUAUGUUCAACGUCAUAUACGUAUUGAAGAACUUAAUGCUUUACUUUGUUCAAUAUCAACAUUAUCAAAAUUAAAUGAUAUUAUAACACAAGAAUUACUUGAUUUUAUUCUUGCAUUAAUUGAUCCACCAUCAUCAUCAACGGAGACAACAAUAGGACUUCUUUGUGAACCAAAUAUGACUGACAGUCUUUAUGCUUUAUUAACAUUAAAUAAUUUAACAAGUAAAACAAAAGAAAUUGUUUUGAAAAUUAUUAAAUAUCUUGUGGCAUCACGACGUGUGCCACAACAAGUACGAACACAAUUAAGAUUAGAAACAAAUCAUAUUGGAUUUGGUGGAAUUAUAUCAGAUUUAACACCUAAAGAAUUGAGUGUAUCAAUUGUACGAGAAAUUCUUAAUUUAAUUAUUAAUUCUGAUUCAUCAGUUGAUGUUGAUCAACUUAAUAUUGUAUUAACACUUUGUAGUGCUGCAUCACUUGAUGUUCGUUAUGUUGCUAUGCGUAAAUUAACGACAUGUUUUAUUGCAAAUCCAUCAGUAUGUCGUUCAUAUGCUAAAUCUCAUGGUUGGCAAGAAACCUUAGCACAUUUUUUUGUUAAAUCUCGUCGUUCAAUAUCAAUGCAAUUAUCUCAAUAUUUAACAUCACCAAACGUAUCAAAUGAUGUUCCUGUAACAAGCAAAACAGAUCAAAGUGUUGAUUUUGGUAGAGAAAGUUCUAAUAGUACAAUUAUCGAUAAUAAUAGUCUUCAUGUUUCAUUAAAAACGCGACAAGCAUUUGAAUCAUCAUCAAGUGUAGAAGAUUCAACACAAGAAAGACUUUCACAACAAGCUGAUUUAUCACCAAUUAUAGAUGAAAAUAUUCAAAGAAAUUUAGCUAAAAUACUUGCAUCACCAAGACCAUCAGUAUCAUUACAUUCAGGUCGUUCAUCUAUUAGUCUUUUUAUCGAUAGUAAAGAUAUAACACCAGAAUUUCUUCAAAGAAAUAGUGAAUAUUCUCAACAAAAUUCAAUUGAACCAGGAAGAUCAACAUUACGAUUGUCUUCAACUAGUCAUGAAGAUCUUCUUUUAACGGUUAAAAAAGAGAAUUCAACUGAUGAUUUUACUUCAAUAACUGGUAGCAGCGACGCUUUAUGCUCAUUACCAAGAACAACUACUAUGACAAGUGCGACAAGUAUAGAAGAUACAUCGUUUUUUAUUCCUUCGCCAACUCAUCCAGAAGAUGGUGGUCUUCUUGAAGAACUUUGUGAAACACUCAUAUUAACAAUAGUAAUGGUUUUAUGGAAAGGAAUAGCCAAUGCUGAUGAUGAAGCUUGGAUAAAUCGUGGUCAAAUAUUUUCAGCACUUCGUUAUCUUCAUCGUGAUUAUGAAUUCUAUUUACCAAUAGUUUAUAUUGAACGACGUAUACUUGAAUUAAGCAUGGAAGUAUGUUUAAAUGAUCUUAAACUAAGUGGAGGUAAAACAACAUCAGUUUAUGACAACAAUUGUCGUGAAUUAAUUAAAAUCGUUGAUGAUUUUCUUUCACAAGCAACUGAUAUUACUGAUCGAAUUACAGAAAAUUUUAUUAAUGGAAUUCUUCCAAUAUUAGAUUCAAUGCUUAUAUUUGAAGAAAAUGGUACUGGUGAUCAAACAGUAUCAACACUUGUUUCACAUGAUGAACAUUGGACUGAAACAUCAUUAACUGGUCUUAAUAUUCUUUUAAAUCUUCUUUCUCAUCCAAAUCUAUCAUAUUGUGGUCCCGCAUCUGUUCGUAUACAUUCAUUAUUACAUAGUCGUCCAUUAAAUGGACGUGAAGAAGCUGCAUAUUUAUUAUCUAAUGUAAAUAGAAUCCUUUCAUCUAUAGCGCAAAAUGAAGAUUCUGAACAUUUUGGAUAUUUAUUACCAAUAAUGAAAACAAUUAUUGAUAAAUCUUAUGAAAUUCUUCAAAUGAAUGUACAAAUACCCAAUGUACCAUUACGUAAAGCAACAUCAACAGCAUUAGAUGAUUUUCGUCAAUAUAGUUCAUCAUCAGAUAGUCAAGAAUGGCAAAUGUUUAUUCAACGACAUAUUGAACCACUUGCUGAACAUUAUCGUUCAAUGUCUAUAAGGCCAUUUCAUAUGAAUAUGAAAAUAUGGUGGAAUAAUUGUCAUGAAAUGAUGAUGAUUGGUAUACAUAAACGAAAUAGACAAAUUGGUGAAGAAAAAUUAAAAUUUCAAAGUCAUAUUGUUGAACAUUGGCAUCAGCGUCGUCGUUCUGAUCAACAACGUAUGUUGAAAUUAGCUAAACAACGUCGUAUACAUCAAAUACAUGUUGAAAAAGAAUGGAAAGAUCGAGAAAAAUAUAUUAAUGGUGAACGUGGUCCAUGGUGGAAUGAAAAAAAUUGUAAAGAACGUUAUUGGAAGUUAUCUGAUCGAGAAAAUAUUCACCGCAUGAGGUGUAAACUUAUUGAAAACAAAGAUUUUAAUAAACAUGAUGAAGCAAGCCGUUUAAGAGAUAAUUUAGGUAUUGAUUCAAUAGACGAAUCACGUCAAUCAUUACUUGAAGAAAGUUUAAAAAAUAAUCAUUUAUUAAUUCCACAAGAAAUUUUACAUGGAAAUUCGUUUGAUGAACAAGAACUUCUAGAUAUUGCAAAUGAAACUCAAUCAUUAUUACUUGAAGAAAAAGAAAAAAUGAUUAUUGGUACACAAUGUUCAUUAAUAACUUCAACAUCAGUAACAGAUGGUAAACUUGAAAUAACAAAUCGAUAUAUUUAUUUUUUUGAUUCAACACCACAAAAAACUUGUGAAAAAGAUUUUAAAUAUCCAUUAUCAUGGUUACAAGAUGUACAUUUACGUCGUUAUAAUUUACGUCCAUCAGCAUUAGAAUUUUUUCUUCUUAAUCAAACAAAUUUUUUAAUUAACUUCGAUAAAAAAUUACGACGACAAAUUUAUCAAAAAAUCGUGUCAUUAAAAUUAUCUGGAAUGAAAAGUGUUUAUUCAAAUUUAUCAAUAAAAAUAACACCACAAGAAAUUUUAAAAGAAUCAAAAUUCACUGAAAAAUGGGUUACAAGAGAAGUAUCAAAUUUUGAUUAUUUAAUGAUGUUGAAUACAAUUGCAGGACGAACAUACAAUGAUCUUAAUCAAUAUCCUAUUUUUCCUUGGAUAUUAAAAGAUUAUAUUUCGGAAGUAUUAGAUAUUAAUGAUCCAAAUAUUUUUAGAGAUUUUUCUAAACCAAUUGGUAUACAAAAUGCAAAACAUAUUGAAGAUGUCAGAUUAAAAUAUGAAUCAUUCGAUGAUCCAACUGGUUUAAUGAAAAAAUUCCAUUAUGGUACACAUUAUUCAAAUGCUGCAAGUGUUAUGCAUUAUCUUAUUCGAAUGGAACCUUUUGCUACAUUACAUAUUCAAUUACAAAGUGGAAAAUUUGAUAUAGCAGAUCGUCAAUUUCAUUCAUUUCAAUCGGCAUGGUUAAAUAUAAUGGAUUCUCCAAAUGAAGUUAAAGAAUUAAUUCCGGAAUUUUUCUAUUUACCAGAAUUUCUUAUUAAUUCAAAUAAAUUCGAUUUAGGUAAACUUCAAAUAAGUAAUCAAGUAUUAAAUGAUGUUCAGCUACCACCAUGGGCUCAUAAUUCACCUGAAGAAUUUAUUCGUAUUCAUCGUUUAGCACUUGAAUCUGAUUAUGUAUCAUCUCAUUUACAUGAAUGGAUUGAUCUUAUAUUUGGUUAUAAACAAACAGGUCAAGCUGCUAUUGAUGCACUUAAUGUAUUUAUGUAUUGUUCAUAUGAAAAAGCUGUAGAUGUUGAUGCUAUCGAUGAUCCAAUAACACGUGAGGCAAUUGAAGGUAUGAUACAAAAUUUUGGACAGAUUCCAUCUCAACUUUUAAUUGAACCUCAUCCACAACGACAAACACAUGAGCAAGCAGCAUUCGAAAUUGAAUCACAAGGACGUGCAUUAAAUAUAUUUCAAAAUUUAACACAUAUACGAGCUUUUUUUGUUGAAAUAACACCAGCAGAUGAUAAAUUAUGUGAUCCAAUAACAUUUAUUUCUAUACCAAAAAAUCAAGUUCGAUCAUUUAUGCAACAAGGAAUUCCAGAUACACUUAUAACUGUUAGUGUUAGUGGUGUUGUUGGAAAUAAUGGUUGGCAACCAUAUGAUAAAUCUUUAAGUAAUUUUUUUACAUUUGAACGAGAUCCAACAUUACAAACUGAACGUAAUCGACAUAUCAUCGCUGCUCCAUUUUCUUCAUCAUUAGAAAUAAAUUAUCAUUUAUUCGCCGUUUCUCACGAUGCAAAAUUUGUUUUCAGUGGUGGUCAUUGGGAUUGGUCAUUACGUGUUUAUUCUUUAGUUAAAUCUAAAAUAAUAAGUUCAUUAAUCCAUCAUACUGAUAUAAUAACAUGUUUAACACUUGAUUCAACUGGAUAUAUUCUUGUAACUGGUUCACGUGAUACAACUUGUGUUAUUUGGAAUAUAUCUUUAAAUGACAAUCAUCAUUUAAAUAAUCCAAAUGAUCAAGAAUCUAGUUCAUUUCUUUCACCUGAUAUUACACUUUAUGGUCAUACAUCAGAAGUAACAUGUAUUUGUGUAUCAACUGAACUUGAUCUUGUUGUAUCGGGUUCAUUAGAUGGUACUUGUAAUAUUCAUACAGUUGAACAUGGAAUUUAUAUACGAACAUUACAACUAAUUGGUGAUCCUAUUAUUAAUUUACAAAUAUCAAAUGAACGACAUAUACUUAUUCAAACAGAAAAAGAUGACACACAUUUAUUUUUAUAUUCAAUAAAUGGUGUUUUAAUUCGAACAAGAAAAUUAGAAUAUAAAAUUGUUGAUAUGCUUUUAAGUGAUCAACAUAUUGUACUUGCUGUUAAUCAUGAACCAUCAUUACAACAAACAAAUACAGCAACGAAUAAAGAAUCAACAAGUUUAAUAGUUGCAAGAAUUAUUAUUAAAGAUAUGUUUGAAAUGAAAACAAUUCAAACGAUUCGUCUUCGUACACAUAUCAAUUGUCUUUAUUUUACAAAAGAUUUUAGUCAUUUACUUGUUGGUGUUAAAGAUGGAAAAUUAAUUGUAUUAACAGCUGAAAAAAAAUCUCUAACUAAAAAUGUUACUAAAAAUAAUUAG